CGAGGGGAGGAGGCGCGGUGGGAGGAGGAGUAGAAGACAAAAGCCGAAAGCGAGGAGGGCGCCGACCGCACACUGCGGCCGGGAGAGGGACCGUCCGUGCGGUGAGCCGCGGGCGCCCGGAGGCUGUAGCGCACGGGGCAUCCGGUGGACAGGCAGCAUGGGGAAAGGAGGUAACCAGGGUGAGGGGAGCACGGAGCACCAGGUUCCGAUGCCCACCUUCCGCUGGGAGGAGAUUCAAAAGCACAACCUGCGCACCGACCGGUGGCUCGUCAUCGACCGCAAGGUCUACAACGUCACCAAAUGGUCCAAGCGGCACCCGGGGGGCCACCGGGUCAUCGGACACUAUUCAGGAGAAGAUGCUACGGAUGCCUUCCGAGCCUUCCACCUGGACCUUGACUUCGUGGGCAAGUUCUUGAAGCCCCUGCUGAUUGGUGAGCUGGCCCCAGAGGAGCCCAGCCUGGACCGGGGCAAGAGCUCUCAGAUCACUGAGGACUUCCGGGCUCUGAAGAAGACUGCCGAGGACAUGAACCUGUUCAAAACCAACCACCUGUUCUUCUUUUUCCUCCUGUCCCACAUCAUCGUCAUGGAAACCAUCGCCUGGUUCAUCCUCUCCUACUUUGGCAAUGGCUGGAUUCCAACCCUCAUCUCUGCCUUUGUCCUUGCUACCUCUCAGGCCCAAGCUGGAUGGCUGCAACAUGAUUAUGGCCAUCUUUCUGUCUAUAAGAAAUCCAUAUGGAACCACAUUGUCCACAAGUUUGUCAUUGGCCACUUAAAGGGUGCCUCUGCCAACUGGUGGAACCAUCGCCAUUUCCAGCACCAUGCAAAGCCCAACAUCUUCCACAAGGACCCGGACAUAAAGAGCCUGCACGUGUUUGUCCUAGGAGAGUGGCAGCCCCUCGAGUACGGCAAGAAGAAGCUGAAAUACCUACCCUACAACCACCAGCAUGAAUACUUCUUCCUGAUCGGACCACCACUGCUCAUCCCUAUGUAUUUCCAGUACCAGAUCAUCAUGACCAUGAUCAGGCGCAGGGACUGGGUGGACUUGGCCUGGGCCAUCAGCUACUAUGUGCGUUUCUUCUACACCUACAUCCCUUUCUAUGGCAUCCUGGGAGCACUGGUUUUUCUCAACUUCAUCAGGUUCCUGGAGAGCCACUGGUUUGUGUGGGUCACACAGAUGAACCACAUCGUCAUGGAGAUUGAUCUUGAGCACUACCGGGACUGGUUCAGCAGCCAGCUGGCAGCCACCUGCAAUGUGGAGCAGUCCUUCUUCAAUGACUGGUUCAGUGGGCACCUCAACUUCCAGAUCGAGCACCACCUCUUCCCCACCAUGCCACGGCACAACUUGCACAAGAUCGCUCCGCUAGUGAAGUCUCUCUGCGCCAAGCACGGCAUCGAGUACCAGGAGAAGCCACUGCUGAGGGCCCUGCUGGACAUUGUGAGUUCCCUGAAGAAGUCUGGGGAGCUGUGGCUGGAUGCCUACCUCCAUAAGUGACACAGCAGUCCUCAGGGCACCCUCGGGGAAGGGGCACAGUUGGGGUAACGGCCAGAGGGAGGGGAGGGCUUUUGUUUUGAAGGAUUCUCAUGAGACUGAAGUGACCGCUGGCUCACAUUCCCCAUGCUCGUCUUCCAUCCUUUGCUCUUUCCCCCACCCCAUCCUAUCCCCAUGGGCUCCCCCUUUGUCAGCCCUAACCAUGUCCCCUCUGCCUCUGCCUCCCAGGCCCUUCUCCCAAAGGGCAGGAGAGAGGUGACUGCAUCUCUGCCUCUUAACUUCUGCAUCUAAAGAUCCCUGGUAUGGUAUAAGACUCUGCUCCCCGCAGCCUAGCCACCAGACCUUAGUCUGCACUCCCUUCUGUCCCACAGACACACUGGGGGUCUGUGGAGCAGGGUCUAGGACUUGGCUCUAUACUCCCUGCCUGCCUAUGGUCUGGUUCUUUGGAUGAAGACAUGCUGUGUGUUCUGAGUGUCCUUCCCAUGGCUGGGAUUGGUACAUAGGGCCUCCCUCCAGCUGCCCAGGGCCACCUUAGACCUUGAGACCCAAGGAAAAGUCCCCCCACGCCCACCAUCACAGCUCCAGGCCCCAGCGUUGCAAAGGUUCUAUUUUACUAUCUACCCAACUCCAGAGACCAAAGGGAAUGUCCCUUGUGUGGGCUCAGCAGAGGCAGUGGCCAGGUUGAACAAGGGACUGGCCAGCCUAGAGCCAUAACCUAUCUCUCACUCCAGCCAGAUGCUUCUUAGUUCAUAACCCCAAGAUCCUAGGGUGGUUAGACCGUUUUCAAAUCCUCUGGCCAGUCCCUGAUGCCUGGUCCAGCAAAUGUGGACGUUGCAGGAGCCCUUGAGCUGCUCCCCAGGGUAGGGUGGCCAGCAUGGCCUCUCACUAGUUCUUUCCUAUUUUUACAAUUUUGUUGGUUUUAGGUGUUGUUGUAUUAACAUUUCCUCCAGAAUGCUUUUGAUAGGAGGGUAACAGAGGGCUGGGCUUUAGGACAAUCUACCUUUACCAGAUGCUCCUUGCUAGGCUCCCCUAAGGCCCUCCAGGUAAAGUUGGCUUCAUCUGUAUAAGCUGUGGCUUGAGGCUGCUGCUCUCGGGCAGGAGAAACGGGGUGGGGUGGGGUGUCUCAGGAGGGCUGUUGGCGUGAUCAGAGAGGAUCAAGCAAGAGUAUGGAGGGAAGGGGCGGUCAGGGGAGGCUGAGGGCAUGAGGGAAAUGCGAGGGCGGGUGGGAGGGGGUGCCAGCUGUGUCAGGAAGGGACCCAAGCUGUGUCUUCCUGAGAGCUAAUGGACUAACCAAUAUUUAAACUGGAGAAAGAGGCUCAGCCUGCUCUGGGGAAGCCCUCCAGGACCCCAGCCAAGAGAGACCAACUGCUUGUUCUUACAGAGGCAGAGAACCCAGAAGGAGCUGACCAUAAUUUCUAUCACAUUGUUUCCCCACCUCUACUUUUUUUGGGAAAUAAAAAAUAAUAAUUUUA